AUGUCGGCGCGGGACGAUGCGCCGGGCCUCGACCCCGAUUUCCACCGUGCACCGCAAGCGCUGCCCACUACCACAGAAACUCCCAACGUGUUUGUCACAGCUGCACCUUCACCAGAGCCGAAUGCAAUGCACUCGGCCGUGGCGCACGAGCAGCAUGCGCCGCUGACCGAGCCGGAGCAAGCUGCGACGCAAGUUCCGAAUAACUUGUCGGAGAGGAGCGUGCAUACGUCGCCGUCCGGUACACAACUCUCACGUCUGCAACAGAAUGUCUCUGGUCCACGUUCGCAGCCAGCUGCCGACGCUGCGCCCAAGCGCCCGCGCGGGUUAAAGAAGCUGCUCGCGAUGAUGACAUGCUCUUCCGGCUCGGCCACAGCCGCUGCCGCAAACGAUCAUUUGCAAAGCAAGCCUGCGCAUGAUUCGACCCUGUCGAAGAAUGGGCAGGCACCCAAGCUUCAGAAUUUGCUGGGUAUACCAGCAUCAUCCACAGCACAAACGGUGGGCUCGACACAGGAAAAGAAUGGGCCGAUUCGGUCAUCGAUCGGCGCCGGCCUCGCCUCGGGAGGUGUGCUUGGUGCUGCUUUGGGUGGCAGUUAUCAUGACGAUACUGACGCACAUUUGCCCAGUCGGGAUAGUGUUAUUGGGCCGCCUACCACCGCAGGACAUACGGAAGAGGAGUAUGCAUUUGGCAACGAUAUCAUUACUUCUGUUUCACCUACAGGCGGCGCACCGACAGGGUACGCCCUGGACCUCGCUUCGGAGCAGGAGUUGUAUGCUGCGGAGCAGCGGCUUAUACAGCAAGGCGGCAACGGUAUUCCUCUGGAUGAAAGCGGCAAGCCGAGGCCGCUACUGGCACCCACGUUGUCCAUCGAUGCAAAUCGCAAAUGUCUUGUCCUUGACUUGGACGAAACGCUGGUGCAUAGCAGCUUUAAAAUGGUCCCCAACGCUGAUUUCAUCGUUCCGGUUGAGAUUGACGGCGUCACACACAAUGUGUACGUCAUCAAGCGGCCUGGAGUCGACGAAUUUAUGCGCCUAAUGGGGCAGAUAUACGAAGUGGUCAUCUUCACCGCGAGCUUGAACAAAUACGCGGAUCCGGUGAUUGAUAUUUUGGAUAUGCACAAGGUGGUUCGACACCGGCUUUUCCGCGAGUCUUGCCACAAUCACCAUGGAAACUAUGUGAAGGAUCUCUCUCAACUGGGCCGUCCGCUGCAUGAUACCAUUAUCCUGGACAACUCGCCAGCGUCCUACAUUUUCCACCCCACCAAUGCCGUCCCCGUCUCGAGCUGGUUUAACGAUCCUCACGACACAGAGUUGACGGACUUGUGUCCUUUCUUGGAUGACUUGACCUCUGUGGAUGACGUGCGCAUUGUCCUGGACGGUUUCAUUGGGUCUUCUCUCUAG